GAUGAUUUGGUGAUCCCCUGCUACUAGACACAGAAGCCUGUUAAGCGAAAGCUUCUUCUAUUCAGUCCACAACCAUUUGAACCAUUUGAGCUUAUUAAUAGGACAUUGGAUCAGCGGAAAAUUCUGUUUUGCGUUACUUCAAUGGUUCUAAAGGUUUAUAUCAGCACUCUUUCUGGAAACCUUAAGGUCAAAAAAGAACAGGCACUCAUCCUGUCACUGCUUAAUGCCAAAAAGGUUGACUUUAAGGAAGUUGACCUCUCUGACGUUUCCAACGAACCUGAGAAAUGUUCAUUAUUUGAAGAGCUGAAGAAAAAAGAUAAACCUUUGGUUCCACCACAUAUUUUUCUUGAUGAGGAAUAUCUUGGAGGCUAUGAGGAAUUUUACGAGGCCUUGGAAAUGGAAGAACUGGAAUCUUUUUUAAAAUUACCUGGAGAAAAACCUAAGCCGUUCUCAGCAUUGAUGGGUAGCAGCGCCAGUGAGGCCGAGAGUGAGGAGGAGGACGAAGAGAAGGAUAAGGAGUCUUCGGGCAAUGAAGAUAAGUCUGAUAUUUCUAACGAGGUAGAAAAGAGUGAAGCUGAUGAAGAAGAGAAGAACAAAGAUCAAAAAGAGAAAGAAAAGCUUUCAGAUGAAGGUCAUGAGGAGAAAGUUGAUGCAAAUGGAGACAUUUCCACAGAACACCAGAGAAAAACUUCUGAAGAUGAAGAUUCAGGGAAUGAGGAAGAAGAAAAAAUAAACCCCUCGUCAGUCAAGGAUGUUGAGGGCAAAGCAAAGCCUUCAAAGGACUCUGAUGAAAGUUCGGAAGACUCGUCUGGAGAAUCCGAAGCCAAAAAAUCCAAGACAGAGUCGGAUAGUGAUUCAUCAAAACAUUCAGUUUCUAGUGCUCGAAAGGAUUCUGAUAGCUCAUCAUCUGGAGAAUCUGAGGCCAAGAAGUCGAAGACAGACUCGAACGGCAGUUCACCAAAGCCCUCUCCACCAGAUUCUCGAAAAACAUCUGUUGGUUCUAAAGCUAAGAAUUCAGAAGUGAAAUCUGACAGUGACUCAUCAUCAAGUCACUCAGAGCAGCCUGCAGAAAAGUCUAUGGAGAUUAGAAAGGAAAACACAACGGAGUCGGAAGACUCAAGCGCAAAUGAGUCUGAAUCAUCUUUGGACUCUGAGUGAACUUCAAUGACAUUAUUCUUGUGAUCCAUUCAAUAGUUUAUCGCUAACUGAUAUAUUUAAUAUAAUGCUAUGUAAUCAUUCUUAUCGCAUAUCAAAGUCACUUAGGAUUUAAUUA